AUGAUUGUGAUCAUAGUAAAGAUGCUGGAGUCAUCUGUUCAGAAGUCAGACUGGUUGGAGGUUCUCGCUGCUCUGGAAGACCGUGUGAAUGUGAGGUUGGUUGGUGGUAACAGUCGCUGUGCUGGCAGAGUGGAGGUUCUUCAUAGAGGAUCAGUCUGGAUGAAUGCUGUCAUGUGUACUGGAUCAGAAUCCACACUUAAGAACUGUGGAUCAUUAGGACAAGGUAGUCAAAGCUGUGGUCCUAGUGGAGAUGCUGAAGUCAUCUGCUCAGGCGUCAGGCUGGUUGGAGGUUCUCGCUGCUCUGGGAGGUUAGAGAUACUUCAUGAUCAGACGUGGAUGUCAGUGUGUGAUGCUGUCUUUGACCAGACGUGGAUGAUCAGAAUCAGUCUGGAUGAGUGCUAUGAGUGUAUUGGAUCAGAAUCUACAUUGAAGAACUGUGGAUCAUUAGGACAAGGUAGUCAAGGCUGUGGUCGUAGUGGAGAUGCUGGAGUCGUCUGCUCAGACCAUGUGAAAGUGAGGUUGGUUGGAGGUAGCAGUCGCUGUGCUGGUAGAGUGGAGGUUCUUCGCAGAGAUCAUUGGGUAACUGUGUGUGAUGAUGGUUGGGAUUUGGCUGAUGCUGCAGUGGUGUGUAGAGAGCUGGACUGUGGAGAACCUGUAGAUGCUCUGGGUGAUGCUCAUUUUGGACCAGGUUCGGGAUCAAUCUGGAUGAAUUAUAUCAUGUGUAGUGGUUCAGAGUCCACACUGAAGAACUGUGCAUCAGGAGGAUUGGGUUACACAGAUCUCCGACUGUUAAACAGUUCAGACUCUUGUUCUGGUCGAGUUGAACUUCAGUACUUCAGUAAAUGGGACUGGUUUGGAGAGGGAAGUGAAGAAACCUGGGCUGAUGUGUUUGAUUGUGACUGGAAUGAAACAAAACUCUCAGAAUGUUCCAUCUCUUCAUGGAGUCGAGCUGAAUGUUCUCACAGACGAGAUGUUGGAGUCAUCUGCUCUGGGGGAGACUGUGCAGGGAGGCUGGAGGUUUUUCACAGCGGCUCAUGGGGGACAGUGUGUGAUGACUCCUGGGAUAUUAAAGAUGCCCAUGUGGUGUGCAGACAGCUGCAGUGUGGAGUGGCCCUCAGUAACCAGCAGGUACCAGCCUGGUUUGGUCCUGGUUCUGGACACAUAUGGCUGGAUGAGGUGGAGUGUGAGGGGAAUGAGACGUCCCCGUGGAGCUGCUCUGCUUCAGGCUGGGGAAAACAUGAGUGUCAGCACAAGGAGGAUGUAGGAGUCGUGUGCUCAGAUUUUAAAGAGAUCAGGUUAACUGAGGGCUGUGAAGGGAAUGUGGAGGUUUUCUACAAUGGAUCCUGGGGUAAUGUGUGCUGGAACCAGAUGGACAGAGACACAGCGAGUCUGAUCUGUCAAGAGCUGAACUGUGGAAGAUCUGGUGAUUUUUCCGAUUCAGUAUCAAGAGUGAAAUCAGCUAUUAACUGGUUGGAUGAAGUGAAAUGUCGACCACAUGACUCAAAUCUGUGGCAGUGUCCAUCUUUACCAUGGGGACAAAAUGACUGUGAUGUGGAUGAAGUGGCCAAAAUCACCUGCUCAGAUCAUGUUCCUCUCAGACUGAGUGGAGGUAAGGGCCGGUGCUCUGGGAGGCUGGAGGUGUAUCAUAACGCUGUGUGGGGCUCAGUCUGUGAUGAUCAGUGGGACAUCAGCGAUGCUCAGGUGGUCUGCAGGCAGCUGGGUUGUGGAGCAGCACUGAGGGCUGAUGGGAAUUCAGUCUUUGGUGCUGGUGAAGGUGUUGUGUUGAUGAACAGAGUUGAGUGCAGAGGGAAUGAGAUUCACCUGUGGGACUGUCCUCUCUCCCUGAAAAACCACACUGACUGCUCCAACAAAGAGCACGCUGGACUCACCUGUGCAGAUGUAUCAGUGUCCACUACACCUGCCACAACAACAUCAGCUUCUCCUCCAGUUUCUCCUCCAGUGCGCUCAACAUCAGUCUCUCCUCCACAAACUCUCUCCGUCCCCCCAGUGCUUGUGAUUGUUCUGGAAGUUGUGCUCUUACUGCUCUUAGUGCCACUGCUAAUACUGAUUCAGCAGAACAGAGUGAUGAAGAGAGCUCUCUCUAAGAGGAGACACAGGACGAUGACUGAAGCCGUUUAUGAGGAGAUUCAGCACAGACACAAUCACUUCACUCAGAGGGAAUCUGUGGUAGGAGGCAUACCUUACUAUAAUGAUGUCACCACAGGUCCAACAGGUGACAUCUCAGCAAGCUAUGAUGAUGUUGUCAUCAUUAGACAGCUCUCCAAUAAUAAAUCAGAGGGAGAUCUGAAGGAGUAUGAUUAUGUCUGGUAG